GGCACCUGUUAACGCUUCCUUUUGGCGCUGAGAAAAGUUGACAAGUAAGUGGACAAGCAGUGACAGGUAUUUAUCCACAGAUGGCAUCACCGAGGCCACAGAAUCUAGAGAGCUCAGGGUAGAGGGCUGCAGGGGGCCUCCAGGCACCCUCCGAGUUGUCCCCCAGUGGGAGAGGGAGAGACAGGUUGGUGGGGACGCAGAGAAAUAUAAACUCAGAAGCUUAGGCGAAAGCUGACACGGGGUGUGGUUACUGCAAGUUAGCCGUAUGCUUUGAAAAGGUUAAAUAUUAAUUUGGGUUCUUUUACAGAAAAGGACAAUUCAGGGCAAGGAGAGGUAGGCUGGGUCUAUGAAAAUCACUGAUUAGUUGAGGGAAAAGUUGCCAGGAGCUGUGUGGUUUGGAGCACGUAAACUGCUUAUUCUUGUGACUACCUGUACAAGUUCCAGCAUGGCCUGCCUUCUCCGGGCGUUUUGGGCAGUUUCUGCAGCGGUUCUCCUCUCAGCACUUUGGGGCACGGUUGCAGGGGACAGGCUGCUGGUGGUCCCUCAGGAUGGAAGCCACUGGCUCAGCAUGAAGGACAUCGUUGUGCGGCUCAGUGAGAAAGGGCACGAGAUCGUGGUGGUGGCGCCGGAAAUCAACCUGCUUCUCACAGAAUCCAAAUACUACACCAGGAAGAUCUAUCCGGUGCCCUACGACCAAGAGGAGCUGGAGGGCCGUUACCGGUCUUUUGGAAGAAACCACUUUUCGGAGCGAUGGUUGCUGAACGCCGCUCAGGUGGAGUACAGGAAUAACAUGAUUGUGAUCAACAUGUAUUUCCUCACCUGCCAGAGCCUCCUGAGGGACGCCGCCACCCUGAGCUUCCUCCGGGAGGCCAAGUUCGAUGCCCUGUUCACAGACCCGGCCUUACCCUGCGGGGUGAUCCUGGCCGAGUACCUGGGCCUGCCGUCCGUGUACCUCUUCAGGGGCUUCCCGUGCUCCCUGGAGAACACGUUCACCAGGACCCCAAGCCCCACGUCCUACGUCCCCAGGUACUACACUGCGUUCUCCGACCGGAUGACUUUCCCCCAACGGGUGGCCAACUUCCUUACUAGGAUCUUGGAGAAUAUCCUCCUUGACCUGCUGUAUACUAAGUACGAAGACCUCGCACGUGAUAUCCUCAAGAUAGAGGUGGACCUACCCGCCUUAUAUCGCAAGGCUGACAUUUGGCUGAUGAGAUACGACUUUGUCUUUGAGUUUCCCCGACCUGUCAUGCCCAACAUGGUCUUCAUUGGAGGGACCAACUGCAAGAAAGUGGGCAUCCUGUCUCAGGAAUUUGAAGCCUAUGUAAAUGCGUCUGGAGAACAUGGAAUUGUGGUUUUCUCUUUGGGGUCAAUGGUCUCAGAGAUUCCGGAGCAGAAAGCUAUGGAAAUUGCUGAUGCUUUGGGCAAAAUACCUCAGACAGUCCUCUGGCGCUACACUGGGCCUGCACCACCGAAUCUUGCCAAGAAUACAAAACUCGUCAAGUGGCUGCCCCAAAAUGAUCUGCUUGGUCACCCAAAGGCUCGUGCCUUUAUCACGCAUUCCGGCUCCCAUGGUAUUUAUGAAGGAAUAUGCAAUGGUGUUCCCAUGGUGAUGAUGCCCUUGUUUGGGGAUCAGAUGGAUAAUGCCAAGCGCAUGGAGACCCGGGGAGCUGGAGUGACCUUGAACGUCCUGGAGAUGACUUCUAAAGAUUUGGAAAAUGCCCUGAAUACUGUCAUCAAAGACAAAAGCUAUAAGGAAAACAUCAUGCGCCUCUCCAGCCUUCACAAGGACCGCCCCAUUGAGCCUCUAGACCUGGCUGUCUUCUGGGUGGAGUUCGUGAUGAGGCACAAGGGGGCGCCCCAUCUUCGCCCUGCGGCCCACGACCUCACCUGGUACCAGUACCACUCUUUGGAUGUGAUCGGCUUCCUCCUGGCGGUUGGACUGACGGUCGUCUUCAUCGCCUUUAAGUGUUGUGUCUUCGCGUACCGGAAAUGCUUUGGGAAAAAAGGGCGAGUGAAGAAAUCUCACAAAUCCAAGACACACUGAGAGGUUAUAGCCAUGCUAUGUUUACUGAACCUUGCCAUAAAGUGACACCUCAGAAUGUUUUUAAAAAAUGAAAAUGAUCUAAUUGCUCGCCUAUAUAGAAAGAGAUAUUUAAAUAUCUUUUCUGCCCCCUCCAAUAUCUUUAAUCUGGACCACACUUGUCAUCUUUCAAAUGACUCCAUAGGAGAGCUGGAUAGGACCCUCUUUCAAUCUGCAAUACCUUUCCUACUUAGAAAUGGGAUCCAUAGCUGCCCCCACCUAGGAUGGCAACUCUAACCUCACCUUCUGGCAUCUACAAAUGAUUAUGAUAGAUUCCUUCACCAACAAUGGUGGGUUAGAGGGAGUUCCCACUGUGGUUCAUCAGUAACGAACCCAACUAGUAUCCAUGAGGAUAUGGGUUUGAUCCCUGGCCUCGCUCAGUGGGUUAAGGAUCUGGUAUUGCCAUGACCUGUGGUGUAGGUCACAGAUGCAAUUCAGAUCCUGAAUUGCUGUGGCUGUGGUGUAGACUGGCAGUUGCAGCUCCAAUUCAACCCCUAGCCUGGGAACCUCCAUAUGCCAUGCGUGUGGCUGUAAAAAGGGAAAAAAGAAAAAACAAUUGUUGGUUCUAAAUUAUGAUCAUGCUUCACAGAUAGUACUUUGUGCUUUUAAAGAAGGAAAAGUUUAUUCUGUUUAUGUGCUAUUAUAUGAAUGAACGGUACAGAUUUUCCUGUAUAGUGUGUACUUUGUGCCUUCGAGGGGAAAGAAUGAUGUGUAAAAUCGGUGGGUGCUGUGUCUAAAUCGAUAAUUAUUGCUUGUACCCAAUGGGUCUGAAUUUGAAAAAAGCCCAAAGUAUACUGUCUGGCAAAUAUGUUUUCUCUGAUGUCUCCCAUAAUUAAAAACAUAUUAAUAAAUUCAUAUAAAUUA